UCUUGGCAUGCAAUCUAUACAAAUGAAAUACUCUGGACUGCCUCGGUAGUGGGUAUACUCCGCAAUUAAUCGUCUUUCUUUCCGUGAGGGACGCUUUCGUAUCGCGAUUGCUCCUUUUGUACACGGUCCAUAUUAGUAGCACGCUGCUAGCCGUCGCGGCCGACCACCUGUGGCUCGUGCCGGCUUGGCUCUGCUUGAACACCUUUCACUAGGAGCACCACACGCGAUCAGUUACUCCUUAACGUGUCGGCGAUAUUUUUAGUUGUUGUCCAUUUUGUACCGUAUUACUAGGUUGCCAGGCGACUAUCGGCCCGCCGUCUACGCCAUGUGGCUGUCAACCACAAAGAUCCUGCUUCCCUGCGUUUCGCUUCUGUUGCCAUCCCUGUCAUUGGCUCAAUGUCCACUCUAUCAGAAUUACGCCGCCCAUUACCAUGAGCCUUACACAGAAGGAACAUGGAACUUAAGCUACGCCAGACCGAUUGUACCGUGUCGGACAUUUCGUUCGCGACAGGUUGAGGAUACGAUUGAAAGGUUGAGAGGUGUAAUCAAAGAUGUUGAUCUCUUUCGCAUCUUCGAAAACUCCUGGCCCAGUACACUAGAUACGACGAUUGAAUGGCGAGGGUGGUCAAACACCACGAGUAACCUAGACGAGCUUGAAGGUCCGCUCAUGAGCAUGAAACCGGAAGAACUGACUUUUGUCAUUACCGGCGACAUCGAAGCAAUGUGGUUGCGCGACUCGGCAAACCAGCUUCAAGCAUACGUCUCCGUCUUGAAGAAAGACGACAGCCCAGACAGCCUGGCCAGUCUUUUUCGAGGCGCCAUCAAUCUGCAAGCACGCUACAUCCUCGAGAAUGCGUUUUGCAAUGCAUUCCAAGCGCCUGAUGAAAGUGGCGUCGUACACAAAAGCAGUCUGAAUAGCGACCGCAUCACACCGUUGUUCGACUACUACAAAGUGUUUUCCUGCCAAUGGGAGCUAGAUUCCCUGGCUUCGUUCCUGCAGCUCUCUGUCGAUUAUGUGACUGCAACAAGGGAUUAUGAUUUCUUCCAGAAUUCCAGUAACUGGACCAAAGCCGUUGAAGUCGUGCUUGAAACAGCAGAAAGCAUGACUAUAGACAGCUACACCGAAGACGGCGAAUGGCAACAUACCCCUUACACCUACUGCGCACCUUACGGCGGCACUCCAAUCAACAACUGUAAUGGCAGUCCUCACAGAGGAAACAUUGGUCUCAUACGCUCUUUCCACCGCCCCAGCGACGAUGCGUGUACAUACCAGUACCUUAUCCCUUCCAACAUGAUGUUUUCGUCCGCCCUCAACACCUCUUCAACAAUAACAUCGCGAAUCAUGCCCCGCACCAGCGGCCUAACAGCACGCAUGCAAGCCUUGAGUACGGCCAUCAAUCGCGGCAUAGAAAAGUACGGAAUAGUUUCGGACCCCACCUAUGGCAAAAUAUACGCCUACGAAGUCGACGGCUACGGUUCUGUCAAUAUCAUGGAUGAUCCCAAUGUGCCCUCUCUUCUCUCAGCUCCUUUUCUUGGUUAUACGACGCUGCGCGACCCCAUCUACCAGAACACGCGACGCAAGAUUCUGAGCAGGGAUAAUCCGUACUAUGCUGUCGGACCUGUAAUCACUGGUGUUGGGAGUCCGCAUACACUACCUGGCAGACCGUGGCCUAUGGCGCUUAUCAUGACAAUAUUGACUAGUGAAGACGACACGGAGAUUGUUCAGAAUUUGAUGUGGCUAGUGCAGAGUACGGAUGGCUUGGGUCUCAUGCAUGAGAGCGUGCAUGCGAGGGAUAAAGCAGUGUGGAGUCGGCAGUGGUUCAGCUGGGCGAAUGGGCUGUUCGGGCAGAUGAUCUUGGAUUUGGAGAAGAGAAGGCCGUGGAUUCUGGGUAUGAGUUUUCAGUAGUCGUUAAGGCUAGAAUGCAGGACGGUUACUAUGUCCCGUCGCGUUGGUCACUCUGAAUGUGAGGCGAACGUGAUAACUAACUACACCAU